AUGGGGCAAAUUGAUGUGGUAGGCCAUAGUACGUUAGUCUGUGGCACGGAGAAGGGCCACGAGAGCUGCUACAGCAGCGGGGCUAUUCGGCCGAAUGCUAGGGGCUGGCAAGAAUCUGCUGCAUUGAGCCUAACAAGCAGCGCCAGUCUAGACGGCCGAGGGUGCGCCUGGAGGGGAUUCUGUUUCAUCUACCUCUUCACAGGCCUGAAGGUGCAAAAUUUGCCUGUAUCGAUCGGCUUUCGAUCGAUGCACUAG